CGACAACGACGACGACGACGACGACACUCUCCCACUCGCCAUCUUGACAGACGACACGGCUGCACAGCGGACCUCCCUCCUCCUCGGCAACACCCGACCCGAUGCCCCGCUCGACAACACACUCGUCCCACAUUCCAUGGCUCUAAAGCUUUUAGCUUCAUCACAACAUCCCUUAACUCGCUCUGUGACUCCCUCCCUCCCUGGUCCGCGGUCCGCCUCCGACAAGUAUCGCCGCGCAUAGGCAACACCAGCGCGCGGGCGUGCAGCAGCGAUUCACCUGACGAGCUGCCGAGGCAAGAGCUAGCUAGCAGUUAGCUCGAGACGCGAUCGACCUUGCCGCAUUCGCAGUCGUGACGCGGCCCAUGUUUGUUCGCUUCUCGACAUCGGAAUAGACUUAUAAAGAGACGAUGGCCUGGACGUGAGACGCGGACCAAGCUCAUCCAGUAGACCUGCAGACCACAGCCGUCUGCGAACGGGCAGUACCUUCCUUCCUCCUCUGGCUUUCAGCCUCUCACACUCGCUACGACUUCACACUCAUUCAUCCUCCUCCUCAACAUGCGCGUCGCCCUCCUCCUCUCCCUCGCCAUCCUCGCGCGCGCCGCCUCACCAGGCGAAACCGACGCAAGCGCACCCACGGCAGCUGCGGGCAACGCCGCCGGUGCCGCUCAAGGCGCUGGUGUCGGCGGCGCCAGCACUGACAAGGGCACGAGCACCGCGCCGGCCGCCGCCAACGCUACUGCUGCUGCCGACCCGCCGUGCAAGUUCUGCACUGUCCCAGACGGGUACACGGCCGAGUCGAUCCCCGCCCCGCUCCACAUCCAAGGCCAGUUCUCACCCCGCUGGCGCAAGGCGCACAAGAAGGCCCAGCGAUACCUCAAGGGCUGGAGCGUCGAGGACAAGGUCGGCCUCGUCACCGGCGCCGGCUGGAUGAUCGGCCAGUGCGUCGGCAACAUCCUGCCCAACCCCAGCAAGAACUUCUCGGGCCUCUGCCUCGAGGACUCGCCCUUGGGCGUCCGAUUCGCCGACUAUGUCAGCGCCUUCCCUGCCGCCAUCAAUGUUGCCUCGACGUUCGACAAGGACCUCAUGUACGAACGUGGCAAGGCCAUGGGAGAAGAGUUCCGCGGCAAGGGCGUUCACGUCGCACUCGGCCCAAUGACCAACAUGGGUCGUGUCGCCGCUGGCGGCAGGAACUGGGAAGGCUUCGGUGCCGACCCGUACCUCUCAGGCUGGGGAACGUACCAGACCGUCCUCGGUCUCCAAGACGCCAAUGUACAAGCAACCGUCAAGCACUACAUUGGCAACGAGCAAGAGCACGCCCGCACGACGUCCUCGUCCAACAUUGACGACCGCACCAUGCGCGAGAUCUACUCUCACCCGUUCCUGCGCGCGGUGCAGGCCGACGUCGCGUCCGUCAUGUGUUCGUACAACCUUAUCAACGGCUCGUGGGGCUGCCAAAAUGAGAAGACCCUCAACGGUAUCCUCAAGACCGACUUUGGCUUUGCUGGCUACGUCAUGUCCGACUGGGACGCCACCCACUCGGGUGUCCACGCUGUCAACAGCGGUCUCGACAUGGACAUGCCCGGCGACAUUGGAUUCUCGGGCGGCGCCAAGCGCUACUGGGGCGCAAACCUUGUUGAGGCGGUCAAGAACGGCAGCGUGCCAGCGGAUCGUCUCGAUGACAUGGCGAAGCGUGUACUUGCGUCGUGGUUCCUCGUCGGGCAGGACAAGAACUACCCCGAGACCAACUUUGACGCCUGGCACGUUGGUGGUCCAAACAACAGCCACGUCGAUGUCCAGGACGACCACUACGAGGUGAUUCGCAGGAUUGGUGCCGCAUCGACAGUCCUUCUCAAGAACGUCGGCGGUGCUCUGCCCCUCCACAAGCCCCGCAACCUCGCUCUCAUCGGCUCUGACCUCGGCCCAUCGCCUCACGGCCCCAACGGCUUCCCGGACCGCGGUGGUAACCUCGGCACCCUUGCCAUGGGUUGGGGCUCUGGCACCGUCAACUUCCCCUAUCUCGUUGACCCCCUGCAAGCCAUCCAGCCCCGCGCUCGACAGGACCGCACGUCUGUCAACUGGUUCUUCAGCGACUGGGACCUCACGGGUGCCAAGGCUGUUGCCGCGAAUAACGAAGUCGUCAUUGUGGGCAUCAACUCGGACUCUGGUGAGCAGUACAUCACCGUCGAUGGCAACAUGGGAGACCGCAACAACCUCACGGUUUGGAACAACGGCGAAGAGCUCGUCAAGGCCGUUGCCUCGGUCAACAACAACACCAUCGUCGUUGUUCACUCGGUCGGCCCAAUCGACAUGGAGGCCUGGAUCGACCACCCCAACAUCACCGGUGUUCUCUGGGCUGGUCUGCCAGGUCAAGAGUCUGGCAACUCGCUCGUCGACAUCUUGUAUGGCGACUACAAUCCCUCGGCGCGUCUCCCUUACACCAUCGCCCGCAACCGCACCGACUACGGCGUCGACGUGGACUGCAUCACCACCGGUGAUGAGACCAACAUCAACUACACUGAGGGCCUCUUCAUCGACUACCGCCACUUCCUCGAGAAGGGCCUCAAGCCUCGCUACCCCUUCGGAUACGGUGGAAGCUACACGACUUUCUCCUACGCCAACAUCGAGGUCUCGGUCAUUGAUGACAACGAGAGGCGUGAUGGUGGCGGCAACAGCACUGGGGGCGACACCAGCAACGACGGCACGACGGCUGCCGCUGGUGACGGCGGCGCUGGAGGGAAGGGUGGCGACGGCGGUGCUGGCGGUGCUGGCGGUGCUGGCGGUGCUGGCGGUGCUGGCGGUGCUGGCGGUGCUGGCGGUGCUGGCGGUGCUGGCGGUGCUGGCGGUGCUGGCGGUGCCGGUGGUGCUGGCGGUGCCGGUGGUGCUGGCGGUGCCGGUGGUGCUGGCGGUGCCGGUGGUGCUGGCGGUGCCGGUGGUGCUGGCGGUGCCGGCGGCAAGGGAGGUGAUGGCGGCAAGGGCGGCGACGGAGGCAAGGGAGGUGACGACUGCGACGGCGACAAACCCGCCAUUGGCGCCUUCCUCGACGACGAACUCCAGCGCCCUCGCUGGCUCAUCACCGCCGAGAUCACCAACAACGGCACCGUUUACGGCUGCGAGGUGCCGCAACUCUAUCUCGCCUUCCCCAAGGAUUCUGGCGAGCCUCCUCGUGUUCUCCGCGACUUCGCCCGCGUAACCCUCGAUGUCGGCGACACCGAGACGGUCGAGUUCAAGCUGUCAAACUACGACGUAUCCAUCUGGGACGUCGUGACGCAGAAGUGGACCAUUCCCAAGGGUACCUUCAAGGCCAUCGUUGCCCGGAACUCCUUUGACGAGGACGGCGUCGAGACCGACUUCAACCCCUCCAGCAGCUCAUAG